GUGGUUAUGUCAUAAUCGUAACUGUUGUGCUUAUUUUGCCCAUUUCCAAAAGAAAUUCCAAUUAUGUUUCCAGAAUUAAGUGCAGAGUAUUUGUGAAUUGUAUAUAAUUGGCCGAGACAACCGUAUAUUCAGUGUAUAAGUUGCUAAAACAGAAUUGCAAAUGUCAAUAUGUCAGGAUCUCGGCCUUAAUUUCCAACAUAGAAUGGGCGCAAAUAUAUCACAACUAGAAAGAGAUAUUGGGUCAGAGCAGUUCCCACCGAAUGAACAUUAUUUUGGUUUAGUUAAUUUUGGCAAUACAUGUUAUAGUAACUCAGUGUUGCAAGCAUUGUAUUUCUGCCGACCAUUCAGAGAGAAGGUAUUAGAGUAUAAGGCCAAGAAUAAGAGAACAAAAGAGACCCUUUUAACAUGCCUCGCAGACCUAUUUUAUAGUAUUGCCACUCAAAAGAAGAAAGUAGGUUCCAUAGCGCCUAAAAAGUUUAUUGCUAGAUUGAGGAAAGAAAAAGAGGAAUUUGAUAAUUAUAUGCAACAGGAUGCCCAUGAAUUUCUCAACUUUCUGAUCAAUCAUAUAAAUGAAAUUAUUUUAGCUGAACGCAAUCAAAGCACCCUGAAAGUACAAAAGAAUGCGUCUGGCGAGAGUGUCACGUGUAACGGGACCGCGCCACAAAGUGCUGAACCCACGUGGGUGCACGAGAUAUUCCAGGGAACCCUCACCAGUGAGACUCGGUGCCUCAACUGUGAAACUGUUAGCAGCAAGGACGAGCAUUUCUUUGAUUUACAGGUGGACGUCGGCCAAAACACGAGCAUAACACACUGUCUAAAAUGCUUUAGCGACACAGAAACGCUAUGCAACGACAACAAAUUUAAAUGUGACAACUGUAGCAGCUACCAAGAAGCCCAGAAACGUAUGCGAGUGAAGAAACUACCACUCAUAUUAGCGUUACACCUUAAAAGAUUUAAGUAUAUGGAACAGUAUAAUAGGCAUAUCAAGGUGUCCCAUCGAGUCGUAUUCCCUUUGGAGCUCAGGUUGUUUAAUACGCAUUUUCCCUUACAGUCGGACGACGCGGUAAAUCCAGACAGGUUAUACGACUUGGUGGCCGUGGUAGUACACUGUGGCUCCGGCCCCAAUCGGGGACACUACAUCAGUAUUGUGAAGAGCCACGGGUUCUGGCUUCUCUUCGACGACGAUAUGGUAGAUAAAAUUGAUGCCUCUGCUAUAGAAGACUUCUACGGCCUAACUUCUGAUAUACAGAAAUCUUCAGAGACAGGUUAUAUAUUAUUUUAUCAAUCUAGAGAUGCUAGUUGUUAAGUUUAUUCAAUUAAUUUUAGUAAUUUAAAUUAUUUAAGAUAGUGAUUAUAAUAAAUCAUGUUAUCAUGCCACAUUUGUUAAAGUUGAAAAGGCAUAUAAUUAUUGAAAAAGUCGUUUAAUUCCAAUCAUUGAUUAUAUAUAUUAUUCAUCUUUUUAAUGGUCAUACAGUUGUAAAUAUAUUUCAUUUCAAAAUAAAACGUUGUGAUCUUCUCCGCGUGAA